AUGGCCAAGAAGACCGCAAUCGGUAUCGAUCUUGGCACCACGUACAGCUGUGUCGGCGUGUGGAAGAACGACGGCGUCGAGAUCAUCGCAAACGAUCAGGGCAACCGGACCACCCCGUCCUACGUGGCCUUCACGGACACCGAGCGCUUGAUCGGCGAUGCCGCAAAGAACCAGGUUGCACGCAACCCGGAAAACACUGUCUUCGAUGCCAAGCGCCUGAUCGGCCGCAAGUUCCAGGACCCCAUCGUGCAGUCCGACAUCAAGCUGUGGCCCUUCAAGUGCGUCGCCGGCCCCAGCGACAAGCCGCUGAUCGUGGUCCAGGUGGAGGGUGAGGAGAAGAAAUUUCAUCCGGAAGAAAUUUCCUCCAUGGUGCUCCUGAAGAUGAAAGAGACUGCGGAGGCUUACCUCGGCACGAAGCUGAACGAUGCCGUGGUUACGGUGCCGGCGUACUUCAACGACUCGCAGCGCCAGGCCACCAAGGAUGCGGGCACCAUCUCGGGAAUGAACGUGCUUCGCAUUAUCAACGAGCCAACGGCAGCAGCCAUUGCCUAUGGCCUGGACAAGAAGGGCUCCGGCGAGAGGAACGUCCUCAUCUAUGCCACCGCUGGCGACACCCACUUGGGCGGUGAGGACUUCGACAACCGCGUGGUGGAUUUCUGUAUCCAGGACUUCAAGCGCAAGAACCGCGGCAAGGACAUGGCCGGCAACCAGCGUGCUAUCCGACGCCUGCGGACGCAGUGCGAGCGAGCCAAGCGCACGCUGUCUUCUUCCACGCAGGCCACCAUCGAGAUCGAUUCCCUCUUCGAGGGUAUCGACUACUCCUGCUCCUUGUCCCGUGCCCGUUUCGAGGAGUUGUGCAUGGACUACUUCCGCAACUCCAUGGGUCCGGUGGAGAAGUGCCUGAAGGACUCUGGCAUCGACAAGAAGAGUGUGCACGAUGUGGUGCUGGUCGGUGGCUCCACGCGCAUUCCCAAGGUGCAGUCCAUGAUCCAGGA